GUCUGUGUGUUGCUCCCGUGCCUUGAUUGACUGCUUGUCCCCCUCAAGGGUGUAUGGGUACAGGACAAGGAGGGGGACCGGGCUGAAAACAAGGCUGUAAAUGGAUGGAGGAGGUAAAGGAGGACAGCGGAGGAGAGCCAGCUGAGCGGAGGCAAACCCGGCAGAACAGUUCAAACCAAACCCCAUCCGCUGACCUCCCUCAGCAAACAUCUUGGUUACACACUUUAAGGACACUGAGACCCAGCUGGUACAGCUUUGCCCCCGUAGGUGCGGUGUGGUCCAUCUGCCAGGUGGAGGUGCACUACUCUGUGUUACCGGUGGACAUGUGCUGGAGGCUCCUGACGGUGUGUUUGCUGUGGAUGGUUCUUGCAGGUUGUGUCCACGCCCUGAAGUGCUGCCUGCGGCCAGGGCACAACGAGUUCCAGGGAGAGCGUCCACUCAAGAUGCAGCGGGAGGUCGUUACCGAAAACAAGAAUAACCACUAUUUAUGGACGUCCCAGCUGGGGAGCCAGGACCACCGUGUUCCUCCAGCCCUCGCCCUGGCUGACAGUCUGCUGCUGUGUGUGCUCCAGGAGCCCCUUUCAGAUCCCAGUAUGCCCUACAUAAAGGCUCUCCUCUCCCGGCUGGAGUCAGUGUGUCACACACUUGAAAAGGCGGAUAUUGGGUCGGAUGUGACGCUGGAGCAUGCUGGCCGAGACUGCACACUGAUAGACAAAGUGAAAGUCAUCCACACAUACCUGCAGCAGAGGUCGAGGUCAUUGUGUCGACUAGUCCAGGUGCAGGGGGAUUUUGAAGCCAGUGUGAAGGACAUGCUUGAGGGCCUACAAGGCCUCUGGGCUCAGUUGGAGGAGCUUCACACCGGGGUUACACUCACCAAAGAGGGGACCAGAGGCCGCGGAGACCUGGCCUCUGCCCGGAGGGACGCAGAGACUUUGUUUAUCGUCUUGGGGCGCUACAGGAACAGACUUCAGUACUGCCAGAUUCUUCAGGAGGAAAGCACACAAUUACUGCAGGAGUUAACAUGGCGUAACACACAAUUAAGCAACAGUGGGAGCGGCAGGAGUGAGUCAGUGUGGCCAGAGCUGUUGCUUCAGGCCAACAUGGAGCAGUUUGACCAGGUGCAGGAGAGUUUCAUCGGCCUGGAACAACAGACCACUACGUUUCAAGCGCACUUGGCAGGACUUGCAAUGAGGAGUCAGGAUGGACACACAGGGCCUGUCAAUCAUGCCGACGGGGCCCGCUCACGAUCAGUUUCUCCACAGACUUCCCUGCAGCUCCAGAAUGGAGCUACAAAUGACGAGAAGCACAGUAACUCGAGCGCUGCAUCCACAUCGGUCUCCUCAGUGGAAAUAGACACGGACACAGAAAUAGACAGCCCCCUGUCACUGUGUGCGAGAUCGGCUCUGCAGUUCACCUCCACUAUCGGACGCCUGCGCAAAUCUGGGAUAAGGAAGUGAAUUCUUGGGGAUUACAUUUGGUAUAUGCAUCAGAAAAUUUGCAGAUACAAAGGUUUAAAUGAACUGUUUCAAACAUAGAUCACCUGAUGGUUGCCAGAAAAUAAUGUAUAUGCCUUUUAUUUUUAUUUAUUUCAUUCAAUUCUUUGCUUACAGUUUUCAUUUCAAAGAAAGUAAUAGCAGCUUUUUUAUACAAUGAAUAUUUCCAACACAAGGGGGCAAACUUCCACCAGUUAUGCCAAAAAAAAAGCUUUGCUAUCAGAUCACGUAUUCAACAUAGUUCAUCAUGAUAUCAAACCAUCCAUAUAGCAUAUGGUAAUUUAAAAUCUACAAUGGAGAACCAUUACCCUGCAUGUUUCUUUCAAUCAACUCAAUCAAUUGUUGAACAGGCUUCUCCAAGAUCAUAAAUGCGAGCCACAACGUGUGUCUGAAGAAUCUUAGGUAGUGAAUGCCAUUCAGUAUUGUUUCAAUUACACCAUCUAUCCUAUUCAUACUAGAAUGGAGUAAUUUAACAUUGGAUCUGAUGAGUUCCCUUGUUUUAACCAGGUGAAAAAUAUUUAUAAAUCGUCUUAAAAAGCACAUACUUCUAAUGUGCAGGCGGAAUGGAAUUGACGCUAAGAUAUCCCAUACUGUAUAACUUCCCUCCAAUUGCUGGUUCUACCUCGAGAAGCCAUGCAACUAGAGCUUUUCAAAGCACGGACAUUGUAUGGCAGAGGGGCAGGAGGAAGGUAGAAGGUCAACGCUGGAAGCGUUUCUGUUAUUACUCAAAACUGAGCAGCCCUUCAGACCGUUUUGAAAGACAUGAAUGUCUUUGAUCCGAGGCCAAUUACCCUGCAGCUCCGACACUGAUGGCAGAGAAGUCGACACAAUUUUCUCCACCAGAUCCUGACUAUUAUUGCCGGAGAAAACCGGAUUUCUGAUGAGAAUCAAUCCAUCCAUUGCUGCCUUUGUGUGCUAAAGGCAGCAAUGGAUGUCGUGGAUGUCAUUUCACCAUGAACUUACCCACCAUCUGCCAGAUCCUGCAUCUGUCUGAUUCCCUUAUUUUGGGGCAGUGAUUUUUAAAGGGGGGGGGGGCGACCCCCAGGGGAAACUGGGAUGCAAGGAAUGCAAGCUGAAUGCUGCAGGAUCCGAGGUGUCACAAUACUGAAGAUGCAAACCCACCACGUCAGGAUGGAGCGACGCAAUGACUGUGAGAGGAAAGCUGUGUGUUUGGUAACGUGAAA